GAGAAGUCGAAGGAAGUUCUGCCAAGGUAAAGAUCCUUAAAUGAAUCAAUAUCAAAGCACUUUGGGUCGUGGUUGGAGACGCUGGUGAACAAGUCCAGGGUGAAAAUACGUUCAAAAUGGUCACAAUUUAGUGGACAUGGCACAGUGAUAUCAAGACUUACAGUAGAGACAAUGAGUGUCUUUGUCAAAAUUUAGUGAUUCUUUUGUAACACUUGGUGAUGUAUGUCCCCAACGCUUUCUAUGACUCUUGUGUGUUGGGAUCAGCGUAGAUUUGCCCUUUUGGAUCCCAUGAUCGACGCGGCAACCGCUCAAAGAAGAUGUGGAUCUCAGUAGAAGCUCUUUGAAGGGGGGGCAAACCAAGGCAUGGUUAAAGGACGGAAACCGUAGCCGUUUUGGCUUAAGCUGUUUUGUGAACAGCUCUUCAAUCACGCUCUACGCCAACCUUCACUCACGACUACUUGAUUAGCGAAGGAUCUACAACUCAAACGACUACGUGACAUGCAGAUGUCUUGGUUCAUUUCGAUUUCUGUGCUCGUUGUUGCUGUGGGACAAGAAACUUUUGGCUUCGAGGAAGAUGCCUCGUCCUUCUUAGCUGUGGUGCAGAGUCCUAAGGCAUUACGUGCUGACAGUGCUAAGGUAGAGAAAGCGCCUAUUGUAGUUGAGCUCACCAGGACCUACAGUGGUGAGGGCUUGAACUGGCGCAAUUCGGCCUAUGUGGGUGACCUCUUCAUCGGUUCGCCAAAGAUGCAACGCCUUCGGGUGAGCUUUGACACGGCCUCCGGCCAGGUCAUCAUUCCAUCCAGCAGAUGCCAAAGUUUAGCAUGCAAAGAGCACCAGCGCUUUGCAAUCGGCGCCAGCUCCUCAGCGAAGGAAGUGAACGCCGACGGCACCCAGGUGCAGAUGCUACCCGGAUCACUGAUGAUCCGCCGGGAUGCAAUCACAGUGGGUGUCUCCAGCAUCGACCAUGGCUCUGGCAAUGCUUUUGGUGAUCUCCUCUUAGACCUAGUCUGUCUGGGAGGCCCACAGCAUUGCACAGAGUUGGGUUUGGUGGCAGUGACCAACAUGAGCGACGUGCCCUUCCGUGCCAUGGUCCAAGAUGGGAUCGUCGGCUUGGGCAUGAGCCAGUUGGCAGCAAAUCCAAUCUUCCAUCCGCUGAGCUGCUUCCAGUCAAACCUGUCCAAGUCCUUCUCACUGUGGCUUGGGGCCGAGCGUGGUCAGCUGUCCAUCGGCAUAGGCAUGAGCCACAUGAGCUCCUUGAACUGGAUCUCCGUGCUCCGCCCAGAGGAGGGCUACUGGCAAUUUGCUCUUCAUGGCUUGCGGAUCGGGAACCGGACGGUGGCCUGCUCCAAUCGGAUGGGCAACGAAAGCAGUUGUCGCGCCGUCAUUGACACCUCUGCGGCCGGCGUGGGUUUGCCCCCUGCCAUGUACCAGCGAUUGAUGGCAGCAUUGAAGGAGAAGGUGUGCGAUGGACCGCAAGUGACCUUUGAGGUGGAGGGGCAGAUGCUGCACUUGGACGCCCAGGAUUACCGGGACUCCAGUUGCGAAGCCAUGUUUGUCCCCACCGACCUGCCCGAAACCUUCAAGGACGUCUUGAUCCUGGGACAGCCAUUCCUACGGAAGUAUUUCACGGCCUUUGACGGCGAGACUAGGAGUGUGGGCUUCGCCUUGGCCGCGCAGAUCGAGGUCCCGCCCACCGUCAGCCCCUCGCCAUUGGCGCUGGCAGAGGCAGGCUACCAGCUUCUCAGUGCAAAAGAAGCCAUGGAGCUGGAGACACGAGAUGACUGGCGGGCAGAAGUGCAGCUGUCCCCAGAGGCAGCCUUUCAUCAGACCAACAUUUUGGCUGCUCUGCUGCUGCAGGUCCUAAUCAUGCAGGUGGCCAUGAUUGUGGUCUUCAUCAGCUUCAAUGCGCGAAGCCAGGAGCAGUUCACAGGGCGCGCGGCCUUUGCUCGUGUGAGCGCAGCGCUGCAGAACUGGUUCGGCCUGAAGAUUUUCCGAUCCAACCACCUUGCCUCCUGGCUGCUGGCGAUUCGCCCCAUCCCACCUCAAGAGGCAGAGUGUGUGGUCUGCCUGGGUGUUCGCGAUGAGGAGGCACAUCCCGGAAGCGAGCCAGCUUGGUGUGAGCUCCGAUGUGGGCAUGUCUUCCACCAGGAGUGCAUCGCUGAAUGGCUGGUCAAGGUGCAGAGUUGCCCCGUGUGCCGCAGCAGCAUCUAUGCCCGGAAGGAAGCUCCUCUUUGAGAUGCGCCACAGCUCUCACUGCUUGGUUUCUGACCCCAAAGCUGGAGCACGGCGUCUACAAUCGGG